CCACUGGAUUGGCCACUGCCAGCGGCACAGCCGACGCCUUAUCCAGCAACCGUCUUCCUCAUCCAUGGCAUAAGCCGCGCCCGCCUCCGCACGCCCCGCUCCGAUGGCAGCCGCGGCUGUGACCCUGCCCUCCUCGGGCACGCCCUUCGCCGUCGCCACAACCGCCUCUUCCUCAUCCGCCCGCCGCUGCCUGCUCCUGCCCUCCGCGGCUCCCCGCCGAGCUCUCCGCGUCGUGGCCUCCGCCGCUACCGAGGCGCCGCCCAAGCCCACGCAGCCGCCGACAUCGCCCUCCGGCAUCGUGCUCGUCGACCCAUCCGAAGCCCAGAAGGUGCACCGGCUCAAGGCCGUCUACGACCAGAAGGUCGUCCCGCUCAUCACCGAGGAGUUCGGCUACACCAAUGUCCACCAGGUUCCCAAGCUCGAGAAGAUUGUGGUGAACUGCGGUCUGGGCGCGGAGGCAGGGAACUCGAAGGGGCUGGAUGCCGCCAUGAAGGACCUGGCCAUGAUCACCGGGCAGUGGCCCGUCAAGACCAAGGCCAGGAAGUCCGUGGCCAGCUUCAAGAUCCGUGAGGGAAACACCAUCGGUAUCGCAGUCACCCUCCGCGGCAGGAUAAUGUACAACUUCCUGGAUAGGCUCAUCAACCUUGGGCUCCCUAGGACCAUGGACUUCCUGGGUGUCAACCCCAACAGCUUCGACGGGCACGGCAACUACAGCCUUGGCCUCCGUGACCAGGGCGUGUUCCCGGAGAUCCCGUACGAGGUGGGCGGGAAGAAGAACGGCAUGGACGUGUCCAUCGUCACCAGCGCCAAGACGGACAACGAGGCGUUCAGGCUGCUGGUCCUCCUCGGCAUGCCAUUCUCGGAGAACAUCAAGACCGACGUGGUGAUCCGGAAGAAGAGGUUGAAGCGCCACCACUUCCUGAGCAAGGGCAAGGGGAAGGGAGGACGACGGUGAGGAGAGGAACCAGCCAGCCAGCCAGCCCAUGGUUGCACACGCUCUGUUCAGCUUGUUUUAAUUCCGAUCUUUUUGCAGAAUUUGGCUUACAAAUUCGAUGCUGUUGUUGUCUGUCAAUUAUGUAACUUGUGCACCUAUGAAAAAGGUUUGCAAUGAUCAUGUCCGUUUUGCUGAUUUCUUCUUGAUGCAUAAUUUGUAGUCACAAGUUAUACCACUGCCAGACAUUGUAAUCGGAGGAAGCAGUAAUGUGAGACGGACACUGUAAUGCAAACGUAUUUCAGCUGCA